AUGACCAGCAUGGUGGGUCUGUACGAUCUGGAGGAGACAAUCGGCCGCGGACACUUCGCCGUUGUUAAGCUGGCCAAGCACGUGUUUACCGGCGAGAAGGUGGCGAUCAAGGUGAUCGACAAGAACAAGUUGGACGAAAUUUCGAAGGCGCACCUCUAUCAAGAGGUGCGCUGCAUGAAGAUGGUGCAGCACCCAAACAUUGUUCGUCUGUACGAGGUGACUGACACGCCGACAAAACUAUUCUUGACGCUCGAACUCGGCGAUUAUGACCUGUACGAUUUCAUCAUGCAGCACAGCGACACGGGCAUCGCUGAAGACGAGGCGCAGCGCUACUUCGCGCAAAUCGUCGAGGCUAUCUCCUAUUGCCAUCAACUGCACGUCGUUCAUCGGGACCUGAAGGUACGCAGUCCUUUGUCCGACCCAUUUGGGGUGAAUUGUUUAUACUGUAAUUCUUUGUCACUGCAUUUUGGACGGUGA